CUUUGCUGAGAGGACGUCAAACCGGCGAUGCGAUGAUCACAAGGAUUAUUUCGGAUCCGUGGUGGGAGCACUGAAGAUAACACGAAGGAUCAGACCGCUGACAUAGGUCACAUAUGGUACCAGGUGUGUGCCUGGAAUGUGUGCAGGAUGAGCAGCACAUUUGUUACAUUAGCUGAAGUACUGGAGGCACGAGGGGGACCUCUGCUGGAGGAGGAGGUCUGGUCCCUGCUCCUCGGCACUGCAGAGUCUUUAGUGGAUGUCUCAUACAAGGGUCAGAACAAUAUGUGUAAUAUCAUUAGUCCCACCUCCUUGCUGCUGUCAGCCACUGGAACCUUAGCAUUUAAGAAUUGUGGCCUAUCAGAUGAUGUAUCCACCUUCACUGCUCCGGAGAUGCUGCAGGGCCGUGCCAGCUCAACCAAACCUGCCAUGGAGAGGAUGCUGGUGUAUUCACUGGGUAUGACUCUCUACUGGUCAGUUGAUUUUCAACUACCUCAAAAUCAGCCAGUCCAGUUGAGUGACCAUCUAAACAGCCUUCUGCUCUGCAUGUGUGAGGACUUGGCACAUCGCAGGGUGACUCUCAACGCCAUCCUGGAAGCCUGCGAGUGUCAGCAUAAAGGCACCGUCCUGCCAUCGCCCACCAAAGUCAUCAAGCAGCUGGUGGAGGAGGUUUUUCAUGAAUCAAUGGACCAUGGCUCUUCACCAGAUAUCCACGUUCCUUUGGGUGGCAGGAGCCAGAUGAUCCGAGAGAGACUACACGGAAGGAGAGGGCCACUUUCAGACUCUGGUGAAGGCAGCGCUGAAGAGAGAAGAUACUCUACGGACUCCGACUCGAAGUCAGGGAGUCUCCCUCAGAGACCUUGGAAACAAAGGCCACGGAGCUCUCCCACACCGAUGUACCAAUCCUCGCUGGACCGACUGCCUCGUGGGGUCCGUCACAGGGACAGCAACUGCAGUUGGCUUGGUAGGAGCCCCCACCACGACGUCUCUCAGAAGACAUCAGGCAGAUCUCACAGUCCCUCCAUAUCCUUCAGCGAGUCCUCGCUCAGCCUCAGCAAUCGGAAGGCUAAGGCAUUGGGUCCAGAAUUCGUCAGAAUGUCAGAGGAACAACAAAUUGUUCUUGAGCUUCCGGGAUCCAUCGUGUCCAGAAAGGGCCGUUCGUGUUCGUCUCAGAGAGAGGUGACUGUCGUGCUGCCUAGCGGACAGUACGUGGUGGUUCGCUGUGACAUUAAGUCCAAAGCAAGGGAUGUGUUUGACAUGGUGGUGGCUCACGCAAACUUGGUAGAACACUUCUACUUUGGUCUUGCCUUUAUAGAUGAUGAUGAAUAUUUUUUCUUGGAUAAUGAAACAAAAAUCUCCAAAAUUGCACCAGACAGUUGGAAGAAAGGGCAGAUAGCCUCCUUUUUCGUGUUUCUUCGAAUCAAAUUUUUCGUUGAUGAUAUGUCCUUUGUUCUGCACAGACUGACUCGGCAUCAGUACUACUUACAGCUGCGGAGGGAUCUCUUGGAGGACAGGAUCUACUGCAACGAGGAGACAGGCUUGUUUCUGGCUGCUCUUGCUCUGCAGGCUGAGUUUGGGGAUUACAUGCUGGAGCUCUAUGGGAAGAAUUACUACCAGCCAGAGCACUAUGUGUCUAAGAGAAUGCUAGAGAAGUUGGCCCUGCCCAAUGUCAAGGAGGAGCUGCCAAGACUUCAUGCAAGUCAUGCUCAGAUACUGCCUGAGGAGGCUGAAACGGAGUACCUAAAGAUUGCCCAGCAGUUACCGGAGUAUGGGGUCAUGUUCCACCGUGUUGGGAGAGAAAAAAGGCAGGUUGUGGGAGAGAUGGUUUUGGGAAUCUGUGCCAAAGGAAUCAUUGUGUACGAGAUGAAAAGCCACCUGCGCUCUGUCAUCAGGCGCUUCCUGUGGAGGGAAACCGACACCAUCUCCACUGGGCGGCGUAAACUGAUCAUAGAGUGCGGAGGGCCCAGUGGGAAGAAGCACAGCUUUAUAACCGAAAGCUCAAAAAUAGCACAGUACCUACUGAACCUCUGCUCGGCACAGCACAAGUUCCACAGCGAGAUGACGUCGCGACAACUCAACCACACCAUGAUAUCAGAUGAAAGCAUGGAUAAGUACAUGUCCGUGUACCGGGAUCGCAUCCUCAAUCCGAAGCGAAUUUCCUGCUCAGAGGGCAUGUUGAACCACGUGGGUUUGACACCUGGACAACCGGACUCCCUCUCCAAGUCCUGUGAAAACCUGACUGACAAGCUGGAGGCGAGGCUGCGCCAGCAGAGGGAGAUGAGAAGGGAGAUGAGCCGAGAGCUUAACAAGGAGCUCGCCGAAACGGGAGACCUCAGGGACAUAAAAGAGCGACAGUGCUGGAGCACUCCGGAGUUGAUUCCCAGAAUGAUGUCCAGUGUCUCACUUCAUAAGCAGGACUCUGACGCCUCGUCCUCCAUUCGAGUUGAUACACCAACCAGGACCCCGCCAGAGAGAGAGAUAGUCUGCGUGACCCUGAAGAAAGAUCCCAAACUUGGCUUCGGCUUUGUGAUAGUUGGCGAGGACAACACCGGUAAACUUGACCUCGGGAUCUUCAUUGCCUCCAUUGUUCCUGACGGGCCUGCGGACAAGGACGGACGAAUCAAACCCGGGGGACGUCUCAUUUCACUGAACAAGACCAGUUUGGAAGGAGUGACAUUCAGUGACGCUGCGGCCAUCCUUCAGAGCAGCCCUGAAGAAGUAGAGCUCAUCGUGUCCCAGCCUAAACGGUCUUUGAAAGACCGCUCGAAGUCCCUGAGUCAAAGCACUCUGGGUUUGGCGUUGGAGAGGAGCUUUGGUUCUCAGACCACGCUGAGCGGCACGGAGUAUCGUCCUGUCGUGGAGGAACUGGAGGAGGCCAUCAGUCUGUCCAGCUUGGCAACCACCCCGAAACAUAGCAGGAGGCUACACAUUCCUGUUGUGCGAAUACAUGACGCACAGGAUAAGUGUUCGAGGUCCCCCUCUAUCCUGAGUUUGAAAAGUGGGGAGCGGUUUGCAAUGGACCUUAGGAAAAGCGGUGGUAGUCUCGGCAUCAGUGUCGCAGGAGGAAUAAACACCAACGUGCGUUAUGGAGGAAUCUACAUCAAGAGCUUGGUGCUUGGAGGUGCUGCAGAGCAGGACAGGCGCAUUCAGAUUGGUGACAGACUGCUGGAGGUUGAUGGGUUCAGCCUGAGGGCCGUGACUCACAACCAAGCCGUAGAGUGCCUAAAGAGGACGGGGGAGGUGGUGAACCUGCUGUUGGAGAGGGAGCCCACAGUAAUCUUGGAGAGCAGACCUGACUCGCCCUGCCCCCCCCUGACCCAGAGUUCAUCACAUACACAGCCCCCCAUGACUGAAGUCUCCAUGGAAACGACCUUGAGUGGCCGAGCCAAGGACUACAGUUUUGUGACUGAUGACAACACGGUUGAAGUGGUGCUGAAGAAGAGUUUGUCUGGCCUCGGCUUCAGCUUCAACAUAUCGCAUCUGCACUCGGGGCCCGACCGCGGCAGCGUAGUCCGCAUCAAACGCCUGUUCCCGGGUCAGCCGGCGCAAGAGAGUGGGCUGCUGCGAGAGGGAGACGUCAUCCUGUCUGUCAACAAGGAGCCUGUCAGAGACCUCUCUUACCAGAGAGUUUUGUUCCUGCUGCGUGGAGCUCCAUCCGAAGUCAAUCUUCUGAUCUGUCGACCAGGUCCUGGAGUGCUGUAUGAUCUAGAUGACAACACACUGAGUCCCGCCUUCUACCGCGAGGUGCGAUCGCAGUCGCUGGACAUCCGACUAGGAGAUGACUACAGCCAGCUCCUCAAAUUUCAGUAUGAUCGCAAACUACCCGCCCUGACGCAGGCCCCCGCCCAUGAGCAAGACCUGACAAACCCAGCAGAGGAAAGCCCAGAUCCUCAUGCAGCCGCAGGACCACCGGAGACCCAGCAGAAGCUCGACGAGUCACAGCCCACCACAGGGAAACCAAAGGGACGGCAGGUAGUAGAGGCGAAGAAGAAGCACAAGGAGGAGGUUGCAACAACAACAAGCUCUACUGUGAUGCUUUUGGACAUCUGUCCUAAGACUGGCUCAAACGCGUAUGCAAGCGGAGUCAGGGAGGAGGCAGAUGGAAGUGUCACUUACUGCCUGAUGGGAAAUGGACUGACCAUCACGGCAGAUGAGGAGUACCUGACCAUCAGCUCCACAUUGGAGCCGUCUCACAGCCUUCCCUCCAGUCUGGCCACUCACACGGCGUCACCUAACAGCACAGGCGUCUACGCCCAAACCUCCAACAUUCCCUCCAGUUUCGGCUCUCAGAGUCCAAGCCUCGGCCCUCAGUUUCCUACUACCACCACUUGCUCCAUGGCCCACCCGCCCCAGGCCCUCACAACCCAGCCACCGAAAGCCAAACACCACCCGAUCCAGCAAGGGCUCCCUCCGAGUCACUACAAAGAUACCCGCAAGAACAGUAGGCCCAUGGCGGCCCCACCCCAGCCUCAGGCUCCACCGCUGACCCCGGCCAUAGCGCAGGUUGUUUCCUCGGUGCCUCGUUGUGCCAGCCCACCUGCCCCCACGCUGCCCACCACAAUGCUGCUGCCUCUUGCCCACAGCCACACGCAGUACAGAGAAGAACCAGGGAAGAAGGAAAGGGAAUACAGUGAUGAUUAUGGUGAUGAUGAUGAGGAGGAGGAGGAGGAGAGUCGAAGAAAGGGACUGGUGAAGGAGUUUGAGCUGACCGUGGUUCUGACCAAGUCCAGGAGUGGAAGCUUUGGGUUCACCAUUACUCGAAGCAAGCUGGACAACUGCUACUACAUACAAGACAUACUGGACAACCCAGCCAAGGCCGAUGGACGACUCCGGCCAGGAGACAGGCUCGUCACAGUAAAUGGGCACGAUGUCACCAGUGUGGCUGAUGAUGUUGCCAUGACGAUUCUCAGGUCAUCUCCGAGAAAACUGAGUAUGACUUUGGGGAGGGCCGUCUCUAACUUGGUGGCCCCGCCUUCCUGUGACAGCCUACCUGAUGUGGUUCUCCACAAGACACCCUCGGGACAGCUGGGUAUAAAGCUGACAGGAGGUAUUGGCAGCAGGUGGCAGGGCAUCUACUGUCUACAGGUGGUGCCUGGAUCCCCAGCCAGCGAGGAGGGCAGCGUGCAGCCCAAUGACAAAAUCCUCUACAUCUGUGGGAGGUGCACCCUGGGAAUGACCCUGGAAGACGCAGUCAAAGCCUGUGAGAUCGCCCCUCGAAAAGUCAAACUUAAAAUCAUCAGAGAAGAGCAGCCAGUGAACCCCAAGGCUAAGUGGAACGGUCUGUUUGAUUGGAAAAAGGACAGGAAGUUCUUUACUCGUUUUGAAGAGCCAGUCUCUCCAGAUGCAGACUCUCCUACCGAAGAUUUUGACGAUGUGUGUCGGACUGCUGAAAAAUUUAGAUGUCCAUCCCUCACAAAAGAACACAAUAGUUGCAUCAUGCAAGUGGAGUUCACUAAACCAGAAGGAGGAGGCCUUGGCUUUGCUUUGAUCGGGGGAACCAACGGCAGCAUGCUUCGAGUGAAGGAAAUCUGCUCCGGUGGAGUUGCCGAGCAGGAUGGUCGUCUGAGAGUGGGAGAUAUUGUAUUAGAGGUAAACGGUGUGAUUGUGUCGGGACUGAGCCACAGUAAGGUGGUGGAUAUCCUGCGUAAGGCCGAGGGCACGGUGCAGCUCACCAUCAGCAGAGACACCCUGCCCCUGACAUACUGCGAGUCACCUACACCGCCCAACAUGUCCACUCAGACUGCAGCUAUUUUAGCUGAGCAGCCGGCUCCGGUGUCCGGCCCUGAUAACUGUCCCUCUCCUGACGCCGUGCUGAAUAAGCCGGUUGAGCGCCCUCCUGAGCCGACUUCAGACACUGAGGCCAAUGAGGCUGGAGUGACCGUUAGCUCAUCACCUCCUCCACCACGUCGAUUGACUAUCGUAACAGACGACACUGCGAUUACACAGGAGACAAGCAGCGACAGCACUCCUUCUCAUCAAGCCUGCUGCCCGUCCCUAAAUGUCACUGACAUGUUGCAUGGAGCUUCUCACAGGAAACGAAUAGUGACUAAACUUUUGGACCAGUCCUGCAAAGACAUCCGGAAAAAACAGUCAGAUGGCUGGAGCAGCGAAGAAGAAGAAGAAGAUGAUGUUUUUGACGCCACUGGUCAGGAAAUGACAUCAUCCCAAACAGGCCCACCCAUAGUAUCAGAGGAGGAACUUUCCACUUUAGCUUCCAUUAGCCCAGCGAAGACCAGCCAAUAUUCAGGCUCCAGAGUCAAAGCUCUCAUCCGGAUUCUGCAACACCAACUGGACCAGCAGGAACUGGUCAAAGAGUUCACGGCUCUGGAGCAUCUGAAACCCACUGACAACUGUCUGGUGGGGAAAGCCCCUGAAAACAGAGAUAAGAACCGCUACAGAGACAUCCUACCCUAUGACAAAACCCGUGUUGCCAUUGGAGACAACCAGGACUACAUCAACGGCAGCUACAUCCACAUGCAUGUAGGCGAUGAGAAGUUCCUCUACAUCUCCUGCCAGGGCCCUCUGCCUUCCACGGGGCCGGCCUUCUGGCAGAUGAUCUGGGAAAACAAAUCGGACGUCAUUGCCAUGAUGACCCAGGAAGUAGAACGGGGAAGGAUCAAGUGUCACAAGUACUGGCCAGAGCAGCUCGGCGUGCCUCUGGACGCCGGCCGGUACCAGCUUCAUCUGGACAACCAACAGUUCCUGGAGUACUUCCACAUCAAGGUCAUACGCAUGGUGGAGAUAGAAACCAGUGAAACACAUAUUCUCCGUCACCUGAAGUUCACACACUGGCCUGACCACGGAGUGCCGAAGAGCUCCGAGCAGCUGGUCCGCUUCAUACGCUACCUGAGGGCCGUGCACCGCGGGGGGCCAGUCACCGUGCACUGCAGCGCCGGCAUCGGGCGCACAGGAGUCCUCAUCUGCACUGACGUUAUCCUCAGCCUCAUUGACAAGGAUCUGCCCAUAAAUGUGAGUGACGUCGUAAAAGAGAUGAGACUCCAGCGGCACGGGAUGAUUCAAACCAAGGAACAGUACUUAUUCUGCUACAAAGUCUGGUUGGAGGUUUUACAAGGCAUUUUAGAGCUUCACAGCAACCAAUGGCGACCGGACAGUCCCCAAGACCACAAAUUAGUUUAGAAUGAACAUUGGAAUGAUCCCAACUUCACUUCAGUUCCCUGAAAAGCACAGACGAUGAUUGAGAAACAGUUUGCUGUCUAUCAAGCACAUUUAUCUUUGGCUGUAUUUCUUUGGUGUUUAGUGAGCUACAAUAAGAUACGUGUACUUUUUCUCUGUUUUGAUACUUUGUGUUGAGGAGGCCUAUUGUUUAGUUACAAUGACUUUGACUAUAAUAUGUUCUUGUAUGUGCUCCCGGUGCUGUGAUUAUGUCAAUUUAAUUUAGAUCACUGAGGUUGUUUUGCCUUCUCAGGCUUAGUGAUUUGCCUUCUGUCUCUAGCAUCUUUUUUUUAAUUUGUGUCACAAAUUGAAUGCAUCUCUUUUGUUUUCUCUGUGACCUUUUAUUUACAAAUCACAUUUAAUUUUUAUAGUCAUAUUGCAUGGAAUGUAAACACUGGUAAUCCCAUAUUUUAGACGGCAGUAGUGUAAGAUCAUCAAACCAAAGGGAGUUUCUGUUUGUAACCUUAAUGAGUAGCAUUUGAUUAGACAUUGUUAUUAUUUCAUUAAGUGCAUUUGUACCUUGAAGAAAAGGACAUGAGCAAAAUAACAUUAUACAUUUUUUUCCGUAAUCUACAUAAAUUAAAAGAAUCAAGUGCCUUGGAAUGACUCACUUGCUUCAUACUGACCCUGACUCACUGGUCAGAAGUGGCCGGGGACGGAGAGCAAGAAAAUAAUCUGAGAGCACUGGGCAGUGUUUGGAUUGACCGUGCAGCCCUCAGUCUGUUUGUGGUUGUGAGGAGGAUGGUUGGUUGAUCCAAGCUGCAGCAGGAUUACAUCUUUCCUUUUAGUUCAGUGGUAACUUCGAAACAAUGUGAAGUUUGCACACCGCCUGUCAAUCUUUUUUUGUUUGAGGGCUCUAUUUACACAGAACACUACGCACACUCCCAACUCAGACAUCCGAAUACAGAUAAAGAAUGAUUCAACAUAACGAAUAUUUGAAAGAAUUCAUACAUUUUCAAGUCACUCUUUUAUUAAAAUUUGAAGGUGCAUAAAUGCUAAAUAAUUUUUGGUUGGAUGCGCAACGGUUUAAAUAGCUAGUUGCAGGGUUUUUAGGUGUAAUUUGUCAUGUGACAACAUCCAUUAUCUGUAUUCCAUAGCUAUUUUAAUACAAAGUUAGCCAAAAAUGCAAAACAAUAUGAGGUUUUGAAACUUCUGUUUUGCCACUUUAGAUGUAUAUGAUGUACAGCAAAUUCAACAGAGCUGCAUCUCCAAGUAAACACAUCAAAGAAGAUUUAUAGCUGCUGGUUGAACCUCAACCUCUGGAUGUAAGUGCUUGUAAGCUUUGUUCAUUCAGCCCCUAUAAACACACACACACACACACACUAAGCGGCUCUCACAUUGCAUGCAGACUUUUACAUUGAAGAAGUCUGAGCCUGUAGUUUGGUUGAAUGACUAGAACAUGAUCAAAAUGAGGGACGUAACAAAGGAGUACUCUCCAGAAGGAGGGGAGAUCCGAACUACAAUUUCUUAAUGGAAAACAUCUGUGCAGCAUGUUGGUGGGACACGUGCAGUAGUGAAACUUUGUCAUGUGAACGGCUACGUGGAGCCAUCGGCCUCUGUACUGUGUAUGCAACAUCUUUGAUGGUUGGUUGGUUCCCUAGGUAACCAUGUGUUAUGUGCAAGUUCAUGUUCUCUUUGAAAUCCUGUUUAUAUGUUUUAUCCCUCAUAUCUUGGAAAAUAAUUAUCCUUGAAAGAAGGACAUUAAAUUGGGAAAAUGCAUAUUGUACAGCCAAGCGAGUGCUUAUGCAACGGCUUUGUGAAAUGUGAUAACCAAUUAAUUGCAAAACUGCUUGUAUAUUCUAAAUGAAUCUCUUGUCACUGUACCAGCCACUAUGUAUGUAACCAAUAACUGAGAACAAUGUUAUACCUCUCUCUUUAAUUAAAAACUAUUCUGGAACUUGUUUGCAAGUUGAACAGCACAUUUCACCCCCUUGACUCUGAGCACAACAUAACUCAACUUGAACAACGGAACGAGAGCAGUCCAGUGGGUUUUUCCCCGAUGGCACAAACAGAACCGAGCGCCGGGGGCGGCCCUAAAUCUAAUUCCACUGAGCCCCCUCUCCACUUUUACUGCAGGGUAUACUCCCUCUCGGGUUUUACUGCAGGGUAAAUACGCUGGUCUCACAGGGGUCUUUGUGACAGCAUGGAAACCCACGGAAACCCACUGCACCCUCCGCUCCCAUUUGAACCUCAUGCUGGGGCCAACCGUGGCUGUGGAUUUACUCGCCUCACUUUCUCCCCACUGUCUCUCUCUGUGCCCUUGGGCACUAUUUCUACAACUGCUCCCCUCGCACACUCAAACCCCUCCUACAUCCCUUUUCUCCUUGCUCCCUAACCCAGAACCUUGUUUGUUGCUGUAAGUUAUGGCAGAAACGGCAGCAACUCGGUUAUUCAUGGCCUAUUUCCAUUUAUUGUUCUAUUAUUUAUAUAAACAGUUGUCCUUUGAAUUUCAAACCACAAGACGAAGGGUGAUUUAAUGACUGGCUCGCUGACUCAAAGGUGACAUUGUGAAGUAGGGAGAGUGUUCACUGAAAAUGAACUGAUAACAGCUGCGUCCGUACAGUGCAGCAACCGGCAGGAUGUAGCGAGAUGGGAACUAAGUCGACAGUAAAGUCAUUAACAGAAGGCCAUUCAGUCCAGGGUGUGAUUUAAAGGCUUGAGUGAGGUGUAGAAAUGAGCUCAUGUGCUCUCAAUAAAUCCUCGUGCUCUCUGCUGGGCUCACAGUGUAACGCAGACACAAGCCUGUUUUCUUUUUCUCUGUGUACUGAUUAAAAAUAGCACUGAAAUGAUGUGUUGCCACAAACUACCAUGACACACACACACAUACACACACACCCUCCACUCCUUCCUAAUGGUUGUCCCAUCCUCCUUCACUGUCAAAUUUCACCUUGAAUAUCUAACAGGCAACUGCAAGUCCUUGUGACUUUAUAAAUUAUGUCAAACUUAUGUGUUUUAAUGAUUAAGCAGAAUUCUACCCCAGUUUUUCUUUCAUUACCAUCUUGAAAAUAAUAAAACACUU